AUGUUCGACGAAUUUGUCGAACACACCGCCACUCCAGCUGCAAAUAUCCCCGGUCAUGGCUCGCUGGCGACGCCACAGGUCCAGUACGAAGGCUUUGAGCCAUCACCAUACAAUGCGGACGACGGAGCAGAAUUGGGUGACACCGAAGACGGUCAACUCGAGCCAGCUGCGGCUGCGUCACCUCUCUUCGAACUUGGGCGGGUUCAGUACUCUUUCUCGGCGCCGCUAGUGUCGAUGGCCGUCUGCUCCGACAUCCUAGCUAUGGCGCUCACUUCGAAUACCAUCGUGCAAAUUGAGCUAUCUCACGCUGACCAAGUCGUCAAAAUCCAGAUACCACGGAAACAGACCGAACUGACCCUCCACAAGAUUUUCAUGGAUCCCUCGGGGCGUCAUAUCAUCGUCACUUCGACUCAAGGGGAGAACUGGUACCUCUUUCGUGGGUGGAAGAAACCCAGGCAGCUCAAGGGGUUCAAGAUGAUCAUUGAAAGCAUAGCGUGGAAUAGAACGGCGCUGCUAUCCUCGUCACAUAGCACAUCCACGAGGGAGAUGCUGAUUGGUGCAAGAAACGGACAGAUAUACGAGGCCGUCCUUGACGCGGAAGAGGACUUCUUCAAGUCUCAGGAACGGUAUCUGCAGUCUGUGUUCACACUACCGGAAAGACAUCCAAUAACAGGUAUAGAAUUCGUGUUCCACCCUCCGACGGAAUCAAAGCAAGCCUUGGUCAUUGUUACGACUCCGUCACGAAUAUAUCAGUUCGCCGGUACUCCAGACCGACGUUCCGAGGAAGGGGGGCGGGUGUUUACAUCUUUGUUCGCGGGGUAUCGAGAGACUGCACCCAAGAUCCUGGAGCUCCCCGGGAACAUCCCACAAUCUGAACUUCAUCUAUACACCGACAAGGCUGAUCAAGCGAAUUCACUACCCAAAAGCAUGGCCUGGCUGACAUCACCUGGUAUAUACCACGGCAGCCUUAAUUUCGAGGCGUCUAAUGACUUCAUCGACGGCGCACAACUACUACCGUAUCCUGCGCUGACCACCUCUUCCUCACCUACUGCCGUUUCAUCCGAUGUCCCCAUAUCGAUAUCCCUAACCGAAUUCCAUUUUAUACUUCUGUACAGAGACCGGGUUCUUGGCAUCUGCAAUCUAGAUGACAGGACGACCUACGAAGAGGCGCUACCACUGAAACCGAAUGAACAAGUCAAAGGACAGGCCGUAGACCCAGUACGGAAGACGUACUGGGUGUAUACCGACCAGUCGCUAUUUGAGCUCAUGGUGGGGAACGAGGACCGGGACGUCUGGAAGGUGUACCUUGAGAAGGGGAUGUUCGACGUCGCUCUUCGCUACGCCAAGACAGCAACUCAACGGAAUCGUAUCCUCUCCGCUCAGGGAGACGCACUCUUUGACCAAGAAAAAUACUUCCAAGCUGCUCAGUGCUAUGCUCAAUGUUCCGUCUCAUUUGAAGAGGUCGCCUUGAAGUUCAUUGAUGCAGGUGAACGCGACUCAUUGCGCUCCUACCUCAUUUCGAGACUAGAACGGACUAAGAAGACGGAUUAUACCCAACGUAUGAUGCUGGCGACAUGGCUAGUCGAGUUCUAUCUCAGCAAAUGCAACGAACUCGACGACCUGGUUGCAUCCGAAUCUAUAACCCAGGAUAUCGACAAUAUCCAGGCCGAGCGGACCAUCCUUGAGGAAGAUCUCAAACACUUCUUCGAGACAUACAAGAACAACUUGGACCGCAAGACGGUGUACGAGCUCAUACAAGGGCACGGCCGAACGGACAUGUACCUCCACUAUGCCACCAUCGUUGGCGACUAUGAACACGUCAUAGAACAUUGGAUACUCGAAGAAGAAUGGCCGAAGGCUCUUGACACCAUCAAUCGGCAGCCCAAUCUCGAAUUGUAUUAUAAGUUCGGUCCCGUACUCCUGCGGCAUGCUCCCAAGCCUACGAUCGAUUCCUGGCUCCGUCAACCCAGUCUCGACCCUCUUCGCCUCGUUCCGUCUCUCUUACAGCUUCAACAUGCGCCUCGCGAUCCACUAUCCCCAAAUCAAGCCAUUCGAUACCUUAACCACGUCAUCUUCGAACAGAACAACACGUCUCCGACCAUUCACAACCUCAUCAUCACUUUCUUCGCCUCCCCACCGUCUUCUUCGGGCCCCGAGGAUGACGCUCUUCUUCUGCGUUUCCUAUCGAAUGCGCCAUCAGACCCUAUCACAGGCAAACCGUACUAUGAUUUGGAUUACGCCCUGAGAUUGUGCAAGAAGACUAAUCGCAUGCAGCCGUGCGUGCAUAUCUACUCGAAAAUGGGGCUUUGGGAAAAUAGUGUGGAUUUGGCUCUGGAGAAAGGCGACCUGGAGUUGGCGCAGAUCAAUGCGGAUAUGCCAGAAGACGAUCAACCACUUCGCAAAAAACUCUGGCUCAAGAUAGCGCGCUAUGUUGUGCAAGACAAGAAAGAUAUCAAGACUGCAAUGCGUUUCCUGGAAAGCACGGAUCUUUUGAAGAUUGAAGACAUUCUACCCUUCUUCCCAGAUUUCGUUGUGAUUGAUGACUUCAAGGAGGAGAUAGCUCAUGCUUUGGAGGGCUACUCAGCGCAUAUCGAAACCCUGAAGGGUGAGAUGGAUGAGGCCACGAGGACAGCGGAGGCAAUUAAGCAAGAUAUCGCAGCGCUGAGAAACCGAUUCAUCACAAUCGAAGCCAGUGACGUCUGUUCUGUCUGCUCUCACCUACUGUUGACCCGACAGUUCUAUGUAUUCCCUUGUCAACACACCUUCCAUGCAGACUGCCUAAUCGGUUUGGCGAAAGAAUAUCUUCCUUCACAUGCAUUGCGGCGAAUUCUGACUUUGCAAAACGAGCUGAUCAAAGUAUCACAACUCGGCGGUACUGGGGCGCCGGCCCGGCAGCCUACUACUCAGCGCACCCUACUUUCUGCAAACUUUGCAACCACGCUAGUCACACACCCGCUACAAAAUGCCAAUUCGCUGGGCCGGAAUAUCCUUUCCGCGGGGGAUAAACUACGCGAUCUUAUCAUACCUGAUGCUUUAGCCUCUCUGGUCUCUGCGCCAGGGUGGAUACCUGUCAUGGGUGGCGGUGGAGGCAGGCGGAAUGGUGCGGAAACGGACGAAGGGAAGAAGGAGAAGUUGAGAAAGGAGCUGGAUGAUCUGUUGGCCAGCAGUUGUCCACUGUGUGAGAGCGUGGUUGCUGGAUUGGAUAAACCCUUUGUCAAGGAAGGAGAAGUUGAUGAGAGUUGGGCCUUGUGA